AUGUCCGACAGUGUUUUGAAAGUAAAAUCUUCAAGUCGUCGAGAAAAAAAUAUCAAAGUAAUCACAAACAAGAAUGAAAACGAGACAAGAAAUGAAUCUGUACUAAUUAUACACCAGACACCACGAUCUUCUGUAUUAAAAAUAGAUUCAUUUGUACCAAAUUUAAAGUUACAGCGUUUAAAAAAGAAUUCAACAAAGAACCUUUCAUUACUUGGCUCUUCAGCAUAUAUUAGACGAUUAAAUGCUACAAACAGAAAUUCGGUGAUCGAUAGAAAUGUUCGAAAAUACUGUUAUAGAAAUGGCGUACUUGGCUUAAAUAACAGAAAUUGUGAUAAAAGUAACAAUAACUUCCACAAUUGCGCGGAUUUUCAAAAGUCAACCAUAUCAAAAAAAAAAGCAUGUGCAAUAGGUCAGAAAUUAAACGCCAGUUCGAUUGUAGCAAAUCCAUUCAGUCAAACAAAUUCAAUUAGUUUGCCUUUAGAGUAUAGUUUGAUAACAAAUUUUGGAGGAAUUUGCAAAAUUCUUCGAACUCAAAAAGAAAAAGAAAAACUUCCAGAUCGUAUCAACUGUGAUAAAAGGGGUUUAACUUCAAUACCUUUAUUUUUAAAUGAAAGUAAUUUAAGAUUACUCUCAUUGCAACACAAUUUAAUAAAUGUUUUUCAUGUUCCAUCUGAUCGUAACAACGAAGAUAGAAAUAUUGAAUAUGAAAAUAAAGAAGAAAACAAAUCUGUUUCUGUUGACUUACCUCCAGUUCCAAAAGUUAAUAAUCAUUACAUUCAAUUUGAGCAUAUUCAUUUGAAAGUUGAUACUGCAGUUCAAAAAAAUAUUCUCAAAAAGAAGCACAGCAAAGUUCUUAUAAAUGAAAUGCUUGGAAAAGAGUUAUCCGACAAUGAAAUCGAAACUACAACUAAACCAAGCCUUGCUAAUAAUGCAUUAGGGUCUUCUUUAACUUUUAAUAUCAAUAAUAUGGUCAAAUGUGAACAGAACUCCAUUUCAAAUUUGAAAACUAAUUAUUCGGCUUUAAAAACUUCUGUAAUUAAAAAUUCAUCUGGAAGGACCCUAGUAGAAUCUCACAAUACCAAAAUAUUAAAAACUUUGAAAGAUGAGUUCAAAAGUAACAACAGCAUAACAGACAUAAAGCGAAUGUCUUCGUUAGAAACAAGUGACAUAACAUUUAUAACGCCCCAAAAUUCGAGAAAUAGAAUAGAAAAUAGUAUAUCAAAUAAUGAUAACGUAGAAAAUUUGUUUAUGAAUAAAAUUAUAUUAAAUGGAACUUAUGCAGAUAUCUACCAUAAUUUGAUUUUUUUGGAUUUGUAUAAUAAUCAAAUUGAAAAAAUUCUCAACUUGGAUGGAUUUAAAAAUCUUACGGUUUUGUUGUUGGGUAAAAAUCGCAUUACCGAUAUUUCGGGCAUAUCGUCACUUAGAAAAACUUUGCGUGUAUUAGAUUUGCACGGCAAUCGGAUCACUAACAUUUCAAAUAAAAUAAACGAUUUACACGAGUUAAAGUCUCUAAAUCUUGCUGGGAAUCAAAUUGAACAGAUUCACCAAAAUGAUUUUGAAGGUCUUAUAAAUCUAAAAGAACUAAAUCUAAAGCGAAAUAAGAUUAAACGCGUUCACGGAUUUCAUCAUUUAGUAAAUUUAGAGAGAUUAUGGCUCUGUCAUAAUGAUUUACAAAAGGUUGAUGACAUGUUUUCAGUAGCUAAAGCCACGAAUUUGCAGGAAGUCACUGUGGAGAACAAUCCUGUGUCGACAGAGGGCGACUGUGUUUCAUUCUUGGUCAGUUAUUUACCAAACUUGAAAAUUCUAAGUCAAAUGCCAGUAACAGAUCAAGUACGUAAAGCAGCUUUGGUGUGGCGCAAAAAUAAAGAAAUGUCUGAAAAAAAUAAUUUAAUUCAUUUGUCAAGCAAUUUGUACAAUCAUAUCCGAAGAGAGGAAAUAAUUUCAAAUGCAAGAACUAAUUGGGAAUUAUUAAGAUCUCAACGUACCGCGUCAGGAACACAGAGAGGUAAAAUAAAAAAUAAAAAAUGUACUUCAACAAUAAACAUAAACAUGGAUAUCGAAAAUAACGCAAAACAAUUAUAUUGUUCCACAAAUUUAAGGACAGAGAAAAAAGUAUCUUUAAUGAGCUCUGAAACGUUGUUGUCGAGAGGACUACAACGUAGCUUUUUAAAAGAGAGCGAUGAUAGCGAAGAACUGCAACUACCACUAAUUUCUGAACCAAUAUUUCCUUCUGUAACAAGUAAAAUCCCGUUGAAAGGUAAAAAGAGCAAUUCUAAUUCCAGUUUAAGCCCGAACUUACAUUCGUCUUCAAGUGGUUUAGGAUCAGACUCUGAUGAACAGUCAAAAACGAUAAAAAAAAAAAAAAUUGAGCAAGUUGUACCCUUACUUACCUCGCCCUCAACACCAUCAGUGUUAUCAUCAUCAUCAUCAUCAUUAUCAUCAUCAAUGUCGUUAUCUUCAGAGAUCAAAUGCAAUGAAAAUUUAGAAAUUAAAACAAGAUUGGAAGAAAUUGAUCCACAAUUUAAUCAAAAUAUUCUAGCUGGUAAUCAAAAUACAUCAGAAAAAGAUCUUGAUUUAAAUCAACUAGAAAAUUUCAAUAUCUCAGCAGCGCCGGUAACGGAAAAAAUAUUUCAUGAAAAUGAAAGCUUAGUCACUUAUAACAAACAAGGAUCAGAGUUACAUACACCUAAGUCUGCAUCUACAAUUUUAUCUAAAAUUGUUAACUGCUCAGCGAAGGAUGAUUGUUCCUCAAGUUCAAAUAGCAUUUUGACCAUAAGCUACAGUUCGAAAAACAUGGGAAACUAUUCUAAUAAUAUUAAUAUACAAGAAAAAUUUCAAAUGAGGCGAGCUGACUGCACCAUUUCCUGUAAUGUAAAUGCAAUGAAAAAAAGUAAUAAAAAUUCUAUCUUAAGGUCGCAAACGGCUCGAUUUUGCAAAAGCAACAACAACGUUCUGAAUAUCAAUCAACAACAGGACUCAAUUCUUGAUAAGUCAAACACAAGUGGUAAUUAUGGAGUAACGAGUUUAAAUAAGCAAGUUGUAGAAAGGGAACGUGAACAAGGGGGGGAUUACUUAAUAGAAAUAUGCGGGAAGUAUUUGAAUAUAUAUGGUGCUGGUGCAUUACGUUUUAUAGAAAAGCAGUGGAAUCAAGCCAAAGCUUGUGAUGUUAAUACCUUGAAUUUCAGUUACAUAAACUUCAAUAAUAUUGCGUAUUUAUUAAGUAGAAUAAAGCAACGUUUUCCUAAUGCAGAAAAAUACAUAUUUCGUGAGACUAAUUUGCAAAGUUUAGGACAGUUGAACGCGUUGGCUGAUUUGCAAGGUAUACACUCAUUAUCAAUUGAACCCGAAGGAAACUAUUUAAUAAACAAUCCGCUUUGGAAGAGUUAUGCUAUAUACCGCUUAAAUCAUUGGGGUUUAAAAUUUUUAAACAAUAUGGAGAUUACAACUUUAGAAAUUGAAAAUGCUCAAAAAAGUUUUAAAAUAAUAUCCGACAUAGUUUUAUGGAUAAUACCCGAAUCUAUUUUGCAACCAAUAGUACAUAAACUACAUUUUGAAGAAAAAUAUACCAUGAGCUCGUUUUAUUCUAAAGAAUUGCUUCCAAAAAUUGACAAAAAUGCGAAGGAAAUUGUGUCCAAAGAGGCUUUAAUAUGGAAAAAAUAUAGUCUUCAACUAAUGCAAUCUGAAGAAAGAUGUUUACGUGAAAGGGCAAAAACUCAUUUUGAGGUUAUGAUUGACAAUUUGUGUAAUGCAGCUGAGAAACUACAAAUUUUUGACAUUAUAUGGCCUAAACUUCUUUUAGAUAUGAUUAUUAAUAUAUUAGCCGAUUACUCGCAAAUGGAGGUAUAUUUAAAAAAAUUUUAG